GUACGUAGACAUCUCUCCAGUCCAGUCCCCUGGAUAGAUGUGUAUUUUUUUAUAUCUUGUUUGUUUACUUGAUUCCGCCGUUUUGAAACGUUCUAGCAUGCGUACGUAACUAUGUUGGCGUAUCGGCCCAAAGGUGGCACAGACGAACCGGGUCUCAGUGAUGCCUUAGCGUCGCGUUACGUGCGACCGAACGAGCAAACCUAUCGCAAAGUUUCCCUAUUGUACAGUAGAUGAGUCUAGAUGAGUGCGCGUGGACUUUAGGACAGUCCAGUUCGUCAGGACACUUCAUUCUGUCCUCUUGCCAACACUACUUCGUCAGUGUCUUGAGUUUAGCUUUGUUUUUGGGACUGUAUUUGUCGUCAGUCAAACACAGAUGACUUUUCGUCGUGUCCGUGGACAGGUUUAACGUUAGUGGAUUUACGUCGUGUCCAAGGAAACGGAAGAUUAGAAGCUGAUGCUGUUGAGGUGAUUCCUGAAGCGUUCCGAGUCCAUCUCUCUUCCUCGGCUCCGUCUCUGCAUGUGCCCGGGGCAGCACAGAUAUAGCAGUGGGCCGCUGUGCUGACGGACUUGGUGAAAUUAGGAACUCCUGCCUUGGUUCCCUCCAUUGUGUCUAAUGGAUCUCAGGCUUGCAUCAUUGACGCUCUGUACACUACUGAUUCUCGUGACCUCUGGGCCACAGCCAUCCAUUGGAGAGAAGGUUUACACCAACACAUGGGCUGUCCACAUCACAGGGGGAGAGCAGGAAGCUAACCGGAUUGCUAGCAAGCAUGGCUUUGUAAACCACGGGAAUGUAUUUGGAGAUUAUUAUCACUUCAGGCACCGCAAGGUGGUGAAGAGGUCUUUAUCAGAGGACAGAGGAACACACAUUCGUCUGCAAACAGAACCCCAGGUAAUGUGGGCGGAACAGCAGGUGGUAAAACGAAGAAAGAAGAGGGAUAUUUACAAUGAGCCGACCGAUCCGAAGUUUGCACAGCAGUGGUACUUGUACAAUGAAGAUCAUCGUGACCUCAACGUGAAGGAAGCCUGGAAGCAGGGCGUCACUGGACAAGGCGUCGUCGUGUCCAUAUUAGAUGAUGGAAUUGAAAAAAACCACCCAGAUUUGCUUCAAAACUAUGAUCCAGAUGCUAGCUAUGAUGUUAACGAUGGCGACCCAGACCCUCAACCUCGAUACACCCAGCUCAAUGAUAACAGACACGGGACACGUUGUGCUGGAGAAGUUGCUGCUGUUGCCAACAAUGGCAUCUGUGGAGUCGGAGUGGCCUACAAUGCCAAGAUCGGAGGUGUACGUAUGUUGGAUGGAGAGGUCACUGAUGUGGUGGAAGCUCAGUCCCUUAGUCUCAACCCACACCACAUCGACAUCUACAGCGCCAGCUGGGGACCCGAAGAUGACGGCAAAACGGUGGACGGACCUGCAAAGUUGGCCAAAGAGGCUUUCCUACGUGGUGUAUUAGAGGGCCGCGGAGGACGGGGGUCCAUCUUCGUGUGGGCUUCGGGGAACGGCGGCCGCGAGAAGGACAGCUGCAAUUGUGACGGCUACACCAAUAGCAUCUACACGCUGUCGAUCAGCAGCAGUACGCAGAACGGCAACGUGCCCUGGUACAGCGAGGCCUGUUCGUCCACCCUCGCCACAACCUACAGCAGUGGAGGCCUCAAUGAGAAACAGAUUGUCACUACAGACCUCAGGCAGAAGUGCACAGACUCCCACACAGGCACCUCUGCCUCGGCCCCACUGGCGGCAGGAAUCAUCGCCCUCGCCCUUGAGGCCAAUAAAAACCUAACCUGGAGAGACAUGCAGCAUCUGGUUGUGAGGACGUCAAACCCUGCCCACCUCACCACCAAUGACUGGAAGAUAAAUGGAGUGGGUCGCCGAGUAAGCCAUUCUUAUGGAUACGGUCUGCUGGAUGCUGGGGCUAUAGUGUCUCUGGCAAAGAACUGGACAAAUGUUGGACCUCAGCAGAAGUGUGUCCUUUCCCUGGUGUCUGAGCCCAUGAAUAUUGGAAGUAAUUUGGUGAUCACAAAAAUCGUGGAUGCAUGUACUGGAACGGCCAACUUUGUGAGCUCAUUAGAGCAUGCUCAAGCCCAGCUCACCCUGUCCUACAACCGCCGAGGGAAUCUGGCCAUCUACCUGAUCAGCCCACAGGGCACCCGCUCCACACUGCUUGCACCCAGACUUCACGAUUACUCCUCUGAGGGCUUCAAUGACUGGGCUUUCAUGACCACCCACUCCUGGGAUGAAGAUCCUCGUGGAGAAUGGACGCUGGAGAUCGAGAAUGUGGCUGGAACCACCGACUAUGGCACUCUGACUCAGUUCACACUGGUUCUCUAUGGCACGGCUUCUAGUUUAUCCGGCCCUUCAACAGCUGACUCCAGCCAGACCGCUGACAGCAGCUGCAAAACCUACGACCUCAGUCAGAUCUGCACAGAGUGCAACCCCGGGUUCUACAUGUACCAGAAGGGCUGUGUGAGAGACUGUCCAGCCGGAUUCACCCCUGGCACCCGUUCCGUCUUCCUCCCCAACAAUGAGGUGUCGCCCGUCCUCCACCCCACCUGCCUGCCCUGCCACCCCGUCUGUCUCACCUGCAGCGCCCCCGGGUCUCAGGACUGCCUCUCCUGCCCACCUCACAGCCACCUGGACGCCGUCACCGGCUCCUGUCUGCAUCAGAACCAGAUCAUGCGCGAGUCUCCGGACGGCGGACUGUUUCAGAUGCAAGGUGACGGCUCGUCCCCGAAAAACCACGCCGAGCUCGCCUCUCGCCUGCCUGUUACCGUGGCGGUGCUCAGCUGUGCCUUCAUCGUGGCUACGUUUGUGGGUGUGUUCAGCUUGCUGCAGAUACACACGCGCAACCAGAACAAACUGCAAUCUGCCGAAGUGGGGCCGGGAUCCGGUUUACUGGUCGGGUUCGGCUUGAACCGCACCGCAGUUGCCUACAAAGGCAUCCCAAACGUUUGGCGGGAGGACGAGGGCAAUACCGAGUCUGAGAAUGAGGAAUUCGAGAUCCACAACGAGAGGACUGCCUUCAUCAAAACACAAAGUGCUCUUUAACUACGUUCCUCCCCUCUCUAGCCUCUACUGCACUGUUGUCUCUCUCUCCCUUUUUUUAAUGUGUUUUCAUUCUGGGGUUCGUCUGAACAUAUCACAUUUUUGGGGCAUUUUGGUUUGUUUUUCGCACCUGUCUUAGUUACAUGAGCCACGAUUCACCUGGGCGUUGACCCCUCGGUGCCUCAACAUGGAAAGCUUCCAAACGCAAGCGACGGGGACGAGUCGAAACUACAAUAAACAUGACUAUUGUUUGGUCUCUUC